AUGACGCCGUACUCUCUUACUCUCGGACUAGUGCUCUUCUUAUUCUCGUUCAUCCGAUAUGCAGACUGCCAAGCAAGCCCUGUCCCAACGGUAGUGGUUCCUCAAGGCACAAUCAUCGGCACUGCGACCACAUUGCCGUCGGCCACGGCCGCAAUCAACAAGUUCCUGGGUAUUCCGUAUGCCAUUUCGCCGCCGGAACGAUUCGAACCGCCUGAACCGGUAGAAGAGUCGGACGAUACCAUCACUGCGACCCAGUGGAGGAAUAAAUGCUUUGAACAGACGAAUGGCUCGCCUGUGGCCCCUGGGGACGAAGUCCCAGCCAGCGAAGAUUGCUUGUACCUGAACGUGUAUGCACCUGCCAAUGCCACAGACGAUGGGGACAAGGCUGUCAUGUUUUGGAUUCCCGGAGGCGCACUCCAGUAUGGCCAUUCGGGGCAGCCCAUCUAUGAUGGCUCGGGAUUCGCCGCAUUCCAGGACGUGAUUUUGGUCUCCAUCAACUAUCGGACAAAUAUAUUUGGAUUCUCCAAUUCGCCCGCCAUUAACGAUGACUCGCAGAAUGUCGGCCUGUAUGACCAACGUCUUGCACUUGAUUGGGUCAAAAGCAAUAUUGCUUCCUUUGGCGGAGAUCCUGAUAAGAUCACUAUCUUCGGCGAGUCGUCGGGCGCUGCUUCUGUUGACCGACUGAUCACGUCCCCGCCCGAUCCACUACCAUAUCGCGCAGCGAUUUUGCAGUCGGGACAGGCGUCGGUGAGCCCCAGAGAUAAUCCGGGUUUGCCAAGCUGGAAACAAGCCGUCGGUUACCUCGGUUGCAACAAGACGUCAACAGAGGCGGAUGAAUUGAAAUGCAUGCAAAGCAUUAAUGGGUCCUUGAUCCACGAGGUUGUUCAAAAGUAUGCACUAAGCUUUCUGCCCGUGAAUGACAAUAUCACUCAACGGGCCACUCCCCUGUUGGAUGCCCGCAGCGAGGAGCCAUCUGCCGACGUUCCGAUCAUAAUUGGGAGCAACUCCUAUGAAGGUUCACUGAUGUCAGCAACGUUCUUCGGAACCGCACUGCAACCUAACGGGAGUUUAUCAUUCCCUACUAUCAUGCAACUUUUGACGGGAUUCCUGGGGCCAGAUCUCGCGGCUUCAAUCCAGGGCAAUGUUACUGCUGCCUUUGCACAAAGCCCCAGAACACUGUUCUUCUAUUUGGCGCAGUACAUCACAUACCUACUGUUCCAGUGCCCCGCGAAUCUUGUCUCGCACGCCAAUGCUAAGGCCGGAAGCUCCACAUACCGAUACUAUUUCGAUGCGACUUUCCCAGACACGCAGAACUCAUUCAUCUAUCCUGCUCUGAACAUCACUAACAUUGGUGCCUACCACUCUGCGGAGAUCUCUUUGGUCUUCGGGACUUAUAGUGUCUUUGGUGGCAAUGCCACGGAUGACGAAGUUGCUUUGAGUCAAUUCAUGCAGAGGUCGUGGGCCGACUUCGCUAAGGAUCCCUACGCUCCCGAGGCGCCCGGGUGGCCCGAGGUAAGUACCAAUGGUACUGCGGAAAUUGGCUGUCUUGGGUGUUCCUCGAAUCCAACAGGAGUGAGCGUGAUAUCGGAAAGCGUGGAUUCAAAUUGUUCCAGCUACUUCCCAAUCUAUGACAAGACCCUCCCUCCAUAUUAG